AUUUUUUGUAUAUUUAUUUUUAAAAUAUGUCCAUAAAGAAUGAUGAAACACAAUGUCCUUGCACAAUCAAAGAUUCGAAGAAGGAAGAACUUUCUUUUCUCCUUCCAUCCUUUCCAAAACAAAAUGACAAAGAACCAGGUAAGGAAGACUUAAAUGCUAUGUCUUUUUAUGCUAUUAACAAUGAUAAAAGAAGAAUUUAUAUUCAGAGCUUGGAAUCACUGGCGCUUCCACAAGAAUACAAGUGGUAUUGGAUAGACAUGGCAGAAGAUUUAGCAGCUCGGAGAUUUAUAAAACCUGGUAGUCAUAAAGAUAAAGGCCUUGCAGUUUUUACUAGUGGAGGUGAUUCUCAAGGAAUGAAUGCAGCAGUUCGAGCAGUUGUUAGAAUGGGUAUUUAUCUUGGAUGUAAAGUUUUCUUUAUUAAAGAAGGCUAUCAGGGUAUGGUAGAUGGUGGAAAAAAUAUUCAAGAAGCUACUUGGUCAUCCGUUUCUUCUAUCAUACAUAAAGGUGGUACAAUAAUAGGAUCUGCUCGAUGUCAUGACUUUGAAGAUCACGCUGGUCGCAAAAAAGCUGCAAAAAAUUUAGUAAAACUUGGAAUAAGUAAUUUAGUUGUAAUAGGUGGUGAUGGUUCACUUACUGGUGCAAAUCUAUUUAAGGAAGAAUGGUCAACCUUAUUAAAAGAAUUAGCUGAAGAAGGAGAAAUUACAAUAGACCAAGUAGAAAAAUAUGAACAUUUACACAUUGCUGGCUUAGUGGGAUCUAUUGAUAAUGAUUUUUGCGGAACUGACAUGACUAUCGGUACUGAUUCUGCGUUACAUCGUAUUAUCGAAAGUAUCGAUGCUAUUGUUAGUACAGCAUAUUCCCAUCAAAGAACAUUCAUAAUGGAAGUUAUGGGUCGGCAUUGCGGGUAUUUGGGAAUUGUGGGUGCUUUAGCGGCAGAAGCAGAUUUUGUUUUCUGUCCAGAAUCACCUCCUCCUGCUGACUGGCCUGAUAAAUUAUGUAAAAAAUUGGGGCAGGAAAGACUUAUGGGACAACGACUUAAUAUUAUAAUUGUAGCUGAAGGUGCAUUAGAUAGAAAUGGUGAACCAAUUACUGCUGAAAAAAUUCAUAAAGUUGUUGUAGAAAAGCUACAACAAGAUACAAGAAUUACUGUUCUUGGUCAUGUUCAAAGAGGUGGUAAUCCAUCUGCUUUUGAUAGAGUUUUGGGCUGUCGAAUGGGAGCAGAAGCAGUAAUGGCAUUAAUGGAAGCAAAACCAGAUACUGAAGCAUGUGUUGUUACAUUAAAUGGCAAUCAAGCUGUAAGAUUACCUCUUAUGGAAUGUGUUCGACGUACUAAGGGAGUAGCAAAAGCUAUGGCCGAUAAAAAUUGGAAUCUUGCAGUUCAACUUCGUGGAAAGGGAUUUGCUCGUAAUUUGGAAACAUAUAAAAUGUUGACCCGUCUGAAAGCACCUAUAGAAUGUACCAAUCCCAAUAAGGAAAGUAACAGUCCCACAUUAACAAAGCAAUUCACUUUGUAUGGACAAAGUUGCCAUUAUACAUUAGGUGUAAUACAUAUUGGUUCACCUUCUUGUGGUAUGAAUGCCGCUGUGCGUUCUUUUGUUAGAAAUUGUAUUUAUCGAGGAGAUAAGGUUUAUGGUAUUUGUGACGGAAUCUUGGGUCUUAUAACUGGAAAAUUUAAAUUAUUGGAUUGGCCUUUUGUCACUGGUUGGGUAUCACAAGGUGGUGCUCUUUUAGGAACUAAACGUGCUCCACCAAAAGAGGAUCAGUUAACACAGAUUGCUCAGAGACUUAAAGAAUAUGAAAUUCAAGCUCUACUUAUUGUAGGAGGAUUUGAGGGUUAUCAAACAGGACUUACUUUUAUUAAUGCUAGAGAUAAAUUUGAAGAAUUUCGAAUUCCUAUUGCAAUGAUUCCGGCAACUAUUAGCAAUAAUGUUCCAGGAACUGAAUUUUCAUUAGGAUGUGAUACUGCUUUAAAUGAAAUUACGGAGAUCUGUGAUCGAAUCCGUCAGUCUGCACAAGGUACAAAGCGUCGAGUAUUUAUUAUUGAAACUAUGGGUGGAUAUUGUGGUUAUUUAGCUACUUUGGCUGGAUUAGCUGGUGGAGCUGAUGCAGCAUAUAUUUUCGAGGAAAAGUUUAAUAUUAAAGAUUUAAAUCAAGAUGUUAUUGCAAUGGCUGCUAAAAUGUCUGAAGGUGUACAGAGAGGUCUUAUUUUAAGAAAUGAAAAUGCAAAUUUAAAUUAUAGUACAGAUUUUAUGCAAAGACUUUUUAGUGAAGAAGGAAAAGGCCUCUUUAGCUGUAGAAUGAAUAUUAUUGGUCAUAUGCAGCAAGGAGGUUCACCAACUCCAUUUGAUCGAAAUUUGGGCACAAAAAUGGGUUCUAAAGCAGUUGAAUGGUUUAGUGAACAACUAAAAAAAAAUACUGAUGCUAAUGGUAAAGUAACAGCAAUGGAUGCUGAUAGUGCAGUUAUGAUUGGUAUUGUGCGACAACAUUAUAAAUUUACACCAUUCGCAGAACUUCUUGAAAUGACGGAUUUUGAACAUCGCAUUCCAACAUAUCAAUGGUGGAUGAAAUUACGACCAUUACUUAAAGUUUUAGCAAAACACGAGUCUACAUAUGAGGAAGAAGGUCUUUAUAUCACUGUAGAAGAAAUGGAUGUUGAUAAUGAUUCUCUUGUAUAAAUUACAAAUGUUUGCAGUAAAAGGUAAUGUUCCAUAUACACUAUUCAUAGUAGAUUUUGUUAGUAUUGUAUGACAUUACAAUAAUUAUUUUGCGUUGAUAUUUAUGAGAGAAAAAAUAUCAAACUUUGGAUAUACAAUCAUAGAAUUUAAUAUUCUGCAAACAUUAGUAGGUUAACAUGAAAUCAGAAUGUAUCAUGCACACACGUAUCGUUUAUACAUUCAAUUACAUAAUAAUAAAAUGCGCGCUAAUAACUAAUCUUUUUAAUGUAAAUUGUUUUAAUAAAUAGUAAAUUAUUUCAUAUUAUUGCUAUAAUCACAAAAUAUAGAUUAAUAUUUUGUUCAAAAAAAUAUAAUUAUAUAUUUUGAUUGCGGUUUAAAAUUAAGUAAGAAGUAGGUACAAAUAUAGUACCUGAAAUAUGAAGGUAAGCUAUAUUUUAGUAAUAUAAGAAAAUGAAGAUGAAACAUUUAAAAAUUCCUAGAUAAAAAUUGAAAAUUAUAUUCUUAUUUACAUUGAAUGUUAUUAGAAUAUAUAAGCGUGAGAAAACAUCGAAAAAUAGAAUAAACAAAAAUAUAAAUAUUAACAUAUAAAACAUUUAAAUGUUAUAAUAUAGUAAAGAAGCAUUCGAUAUAACGAUUAUAUAUGAAUAUAAUGAUAAAAAUGAAUACAAUUAAUGACGUUUAUCUCUCGAUACGACAUUUGAAUGCAAUAGCUUCAAAUCUUAGAUUUUAUGAACAUUUUAAUAUAUUUGAUAUCGGAUUUUAUCCUCAUCUAUUUAAAAAUUUAAAAAUUUGAUCAAUCACAAUAAUUAUAUUGCAAUUGUAUGAAUCUUAAAAGUGCAUGAUAUUUAUGUUAUCUAAUUUUUUUUUUUUUUUUCUUUUUUUUUUGAAGCUUUAACAGAAAUUCAUUAGAAUGGCAAAUCGCUUUUAGAAGAUAUUGUACUCUUUAAAUUUUUUAAUUGCAAUAAUUUGAAUUAAAAAUCAAAUUAUAGCUUUCAUGGCUAUUUUACAAUUUUGCAAGUAAAUCUAUUAGACUAUAUUUGUGGUCUGAGAUAUAAAAUUAAACAUAAUGUGGCAUCUUUCUUUAAUGGAAACUUAUCAUUUGGUUUAGCUUUACCUAUAGCUAUGAAAAGCUAUUCAAAGAAUAUACUUGUCUACCUCAAAACAUAAUUUGCAACGACAAGCGAUACUUAGGACAAACUAAAAACCUAAGUCUUACUGGUUGCAUAUAACGUUAAAAGGUUUUGCUAAGAUUUAAG